UCACGUCUUGGCAUUACUGAGUGCAGUCAGAGAAGAACCAUGGCGGCGAUUGCUCUUGCAAAACUGUGCUUUCGCUGUGUUGUACGCUUUUCUGAUCGAGAAUUCAAGCGCUGAAGUUAAAUAUUAAAAAUUGACUAAGAAUAAACAAUGAGUAACAUUGGAGGUACGAGUAAUGAUUCGGAUGAGGGUGGAGAUGAUCAAGAAGCAUCUUCUUUUUCUAAUGAACACAACGUUGAAGAUGCGUUAACAUCUUUCAGAGAGCAGUGGCAACGCGAACUGGAAUUAUCACCAAAACGGGAUACAUCUAAAACACAUUCUACCUGGUCUGUCAAUACGGAGGAAUUCAAAGAUGAUUCACAGUCUAUCGAAAAUAAAGCAAAGAAUUUAUUCCUCAAAGGUGUAGAGCACGAACAAAAUGGAAAGUUGUAUGAAGCAAUUCAAUCUUAUAAGCGUGCCGUACAACUAGUUCCUGAUAUUGAAUUUCGUUUAUAUGAUUCUACUAAAAUUAAAACACGAGAAAGAUUUGAAUCGGAUGAUAAUCUUGAGAGUAUAGAGAAUGAUGCACGUAACACCGAUAAUAAUGAAGAAGAUGAAGAAGAAGAAGAUAAAGAUGAAAGAGAUCUAUUUGUAAAAUUAUCUAGAAUUAUCAACCGCAAUCAAUGCGUUUGCUUUCCACAAUUUGAACAAAUGACAACACAUAUAUCUGCUUUACCAAUGGAGAUAAUACUUUACAUUUUACGAUGGGUUGUUUCUUUAGAACUUGACUUAAGAUCACUGGAAAUGUUCUCUAAAGUAUGUCGUGGAUUUUAUAUAUCUGCAAGAGAUCCAGAAAUAUGGAGACUCGCUUGUAUCAGGGUAUGGGGUGUCAAUUGCGGAACUUAUUAUCCAAAAUAUCAAUCAUGGAGAGACAUGUAUGUACAACGGCCUAGAUUAAGAUAUAAUGGAUGUUAUAUCAGUAAAACAAGCUAUAUUCGUCAGGGAGAAAACAGUUUUCAAGAUCAAUUUUAUAAACAUUGGCAUUUGGUUGAAUACUUCAGGUACCUGAGAUUUUUCCCCGAAGGAAGAGUCCUCAUGCUAACAUCUACGGAUGAAGCACAAAUCUCUGUUAAUAGUUUAAAAAAUCGCAUCCCACGAAAUUCUUCAGUAUUGAUAGGGCACUACAGAUUAUGCGAUAAUUGUGUUACGUUGGUACUCAAAAGACAGGAUACCAAGACAAAUAAUACUAGUCGUAGAAGGAGAAGAGAGGCUCUUCACGAUAGCGGAGAACAAACAUUUCAUGCUGAGUUCGAAAUUCAAAAUCAUCACAGAAGGAUUAAUUCACAACUGUCAUGGAUAAGAUAUAAUAUAUUUACUGUAUAUAGAAAUGGACAGGAAUCAUGUGACAACGCUAUGAAUUUUAACGGAAGAUACCCACCAUUUAAGUUUAGCAGAGUUAAGAGUUAUACUCAGGAAAGUGAGGCUCCGUUGCAGUAAUAAAAAUCACUCAACAAUCAAAUUUGAUGUCAAAGAAGUUGAAAAUUCUAUUUGAUUGAUCUGCUCUACAUCUACUCUAUAUGGCUAUUAAAUAUUGUUUCAAAAUAAGCUCAUU